AUGGCUUCCAUUCAUUGUCUUUUUCAUGCUUUCUUCUUCUUUCUUGCAAUGGCCUUGGCCACGUCCUCAACCACCACCUUCCUUUCGGAUAGCGUGUUUGAGUCACAUGGGUUCAAUUCUCGUUCCCUGCUUCAAGCCAAAAAGAGUUGCACCAUAAACUUUGAGUCACAAAACUACACAAUCAUCACAAGCCAGUGCAAAGGACCUCGAUACCCGCCUCAGGCCUGUUGCCAGGCCUUCAAGGAAUUUGCUUGCCCUUUCACAGAUGCCAUAAACGACGAGCAAAGCGACUGCGCUUCUACCAUGUUCAGCUACAUAAAUCUCUACGGGAAGUACCCGCCCGGCCUGUUCGCCUUGCAGUGCAGGGAAGGGAAAGAAGGUCUCGAUUGCACCGACAUACUUGCAGCCAAAGAAAAGAGCAGAGGUCAGAUAUCAGCUACUCCAUCCACAUUGUUACUGCUCUUCGCUGCCUUUUUUGUGUUGGUAUACCAUUUGUUCUAAAGGAUGAAAGUGAAAAAAAAAAACAAUUACUAUUCAUAUCCAUUGAUUUAUUUCUUGUUGACAUUCCAAAUCCGGUUUCCUUUCAAGGUCCAGCUCUGCUGUGAUUUCCUUUUUCUUUUUUCCCCUCUGCACAUGU